AUGGAUUUAUCCUAUUUUUUACAAUUACAUCAGUUAACAUUAAGUUAUGGCUUUAAUCAUAAGGUUUAUUGUUUCUAGAGGAGGACUUUAAAAUAUAAUUUAGCUCAUUUUUUUCUUUGGCUUAGGUUAUUUGGAGAAUACUUCUAUCUCUAUUUAUUAUAGAUACUUAGGAUAUUCACUAUUUAUAAUCUAUAUUUCAAUAAGUGCAAUUUGGAUAUCUCUUAUGUCUAUAUAGAGAACUAGUGUAGCCUAAUAUUAAAAGAUAUUUAUAAAGAGCAUUAAUGUAUUAACUUAUCAUUUAACAAUCACUUCUUUUUUGUAUUUAGUAGACUCAUUUGGAUUUAAACUAAUCUACUAUAAUUUUAUCAUCCUAAUUAUUUAAAAUAUAUACAUUCUAAGAGAACGCUAUAAAUUAUAAACAUAUUACGAUAAACCAAUUACAUUCUUGACAAACCUUUUGUACAACAAUCCAGUCUAACUCACAAGUUCUAAAUAUGUGUAUAGGUAGAUUUACAUGGCUAAUUUUUUAAGCCAAAUAAGUAGAUUUUUGCUUUUUAUGAUUUUUAUUGGGAAUAAAAAUAAUACCUUAACCUACAGAGGUAUCCAUUAAUUCAAUAAGUUUUAACUUAUAAAAUGAUUUUGUUAAAUCGAAACGAAACUUUUGGAGGUGUGAAUAAAAAAUUGCUAGGAUUCUAUUUUGGAUUUAUUAAAAAAAUAGAAAUAGUUGUUGAUAUAAUUGGUUAGUAAAUACAUCUUUAUCCAAAUUAAAAUGGCAUCUGUGAAGACUAGAAUUGCUCAGAGUACUAUGAAAUAUACAAAACAAUUUCAAAAAAAGAAUAAAGACAAAAAGUUGAUAUUAUUUUUACUGGAGAUUAUUACAUCUAAUGUAAUUACCACUUUGAAUAGCUACUAAAAAGUUAAGAAAAUAUUAGUUAUACAUUACUAUAAUAUUAUGAGAGAUUUAGUAAGAACUCAAUCAAUAUUUCUGAAAUAAUUAUUCUAAGAAUAUUUAAAGGUUUCUUAUAAAAUUAAACAAAUAGCUAUCUUAUAGAUAUAUUAAAAUAAGAUGAAAAAUAAUUGUUAAAAACGCUUAUUUCAGAAAUUUUAUCCUAAGUAGCAUUUAAUAGAUAUUUUGAGAUCUACACUUAAAACUAUAUGCCUUAGAUAAAAUACGAUUUAUUAACAAGAUGA